AUGAUGAAAACACUUCUGAGCACAUGCCUCCUCUUGGGCCUGCUUUCUCCAGCAACAUCUCUGACAUGUACCCACUGUCAUGAAAAUAGUACCUCAUGUGAAGCUCCAGGAAGUCAUGGCUGCCGUGAUGAUCAAACCUGUUCCUCUGGUGCUCUGCAUAACAACAUAGUUCCAGAUUAUGAAGUGUCAACUUUCCAGGGAUGUAUUUAUUCCAAUCUUUGCCACUCAGGUGAUUUCAGCUUCAGUGCAGCUCAAGGUAAAUUCCUCCAGCUGAAGAUGGUCUGCUGCCAAACAAAUGAGUGCAACAAGGAACCUGUCCACCUUACACCACGUGAAGAUCUUUCCCCCAAUGGUCGACAGUGCCCAGCCUGCUUCAGAAAGACCGAUUUUUCCGGCAAAACAGGAUGCCCACGUGAGGGGACUGUCAGCUGCCUUGCCAAUGAGACCAAGUGCAUUAAUUAUUCUAGUAGGAUGUUAUAUCGUAAUAAGACAGCUAAUAGACUCCAAUUCAAAGGCUGUGCAACUGAAGACUUGUGUGCCCUUGAUGGAAAAAACUUUGAAUAUGGUCACCUGCUAGUCCAAGGAAUUAAAGCAAAAUGCUGGAAUGCUACAAUAUCAUCAAAGCAAAUUGAUCUUGAAGGGUAG